AUGAGUACAGAACAAGAAACAGAAAUAUUUUCAACAAAUUUUGUAUCAGUUGGACAAAGUCGAGGUGGUCCUCAUGGUGUUGGCGAUCCAAAUGAUAAAAGUUUACGUAAAGUUGAAAUAGAAGUUUGUAUACCAGGUAUUAUUCGAGAUCGAGCUCAUCGAGAAAAAUGUCAAGAACCAAUUGAGGAAUUUGGUAAAUGUGGUGAACAACAUGGUGUAUGGGCUGUUUUAAAAUGUCGAAAAGAAGUUAAAAAUAUGAAUAAUUGUCUUAUAAAAUGGUUUCAUGAUGAAAAUUUUCGUGAAGAAUGUACACAAAUGUAUUUGGAUGAACGAAAACAGUAUCGUGAAACUGGUAUUAUAAGAAAACCAAUUCGACGACCUUAUUAUAUAAAUCCUGAAAAAGAAAAAGAGAGAAUUACCAAAAUUAGAGCCGAAUAUGAACGAUUAGAACAUAAAGAUAAUCAUUAG